CUCUCUGUCUCUCUCUCUCUCUCUCUCUCAAUCAUUCUCUGCUUCUUUUCACUCCUCUCGUCCAAUCAUCGUCAGGCUCUCUUUCUCUCACAAAAAAUCCCAUUGGGCUAGAGAGAGAAACAAGCGCAAGUACUAACAAAGACUUGCAUUCCUCUCUCUGAUCCUGAAGAGUUAUUUUUCUUUCUUUCUUUCUUUCUUUCUUUGUGACAAUCUAUUUCCUCUGCCAGGGUCUAGGGUUGGCUGGGUCGGUACCUCUUUGUGAAAGGUGAUGCAAUGAAUCAGUUUUCAAACCAUUUCCCUUCAGGUCCUACAAAGAUUCCGCCAAUAAAUAUUCCCAAGGAGGCAGGAAGUGGUGCAUGGGGGACUUUAUCUGGAUCUGAUGCUUACUAUGCCUCAAGUGAUGCUACCCUUUUCUCAAGUUCAUUGCCUGUUCUUCCUCAUGAAAAAUUGAACUUGAAUGAAACAGAACAUGGUUGUCAGCCUGUGGAUUAUGCCCCAUCUGGCUUAAAGAAAAUCGACCAAGAUGUGGAGGGUAAUGAUUCACUUGAAGACCUUGAAACUCAUGCAAUUGGAAGCUUGCUCCCUGAUGAUGAGGAUGAGCUUUUAGCUGGCAUAAUGGAUGAUUUUGACCUAAGUGGGUUGCCUGGUUCAUUGGAGGAUUUGGGAGAGUAUGAUUUCUUUGGUAGUGGAGGAGGUAUGGAGUUGGAAACUGAUCCACAGGAGAGCUUGAGCAUGGGAAUGUCAAAGAUCAAUUUAUCUGAUGGGGUUAUUGGGAACGGGAUACCUCACUAUGCUAUUCCAAAUGGCGUGGGAACUGUUGCUGGAGAACACCCAUAUGGUGAACAUCCUUCCAGAACAUUAUUUGUUCGGAAUAUUAAUAGUAAUGUCGAGGAUUCAGAACUAAGGGCACUCUUUGAGCAAUAUGGCGAUAUCAGAACACUGUAUACUGCAUGUAAACAUAGGGGUUUUGUGAUGAUAUCUUAUUAUGAUAUCCGUGCUGCUCGAACUGCCAUGCGUGCAUUACAAAACAAGCCACUGCGACGGAGGAAACUUGACAUUCACUUCUCAAUUCCAAAGGAUAAUCCAUCAGACAAGGAUAUUAAUCAAGGAACUUUGGUAGUUUUUAAUUUGGAUCCAUCAGUUUCAAAUGAAGAUCUCCGUCAAAUAUUUGGGGCUUAUGGCGAGGUCAAAGAGAUAAGGGAAACACCACACAAGAGGCAUCAUAAGUUUAUUGAAUUUUACGAUGUUAGAGCCGCAGAAGCAGCACUUAAGUCAUUAAAUAGGAGUGACAUAGCUGGUAAACGCAUAAAGCUUGAACCUAGCCGUCCUGGUGGAGCUCGUCGAAACUUGAUGUUACAACUGAAUCAAGAGCUUGAACAAGAUGAGUCUCGGAGUUUUCGGCAUCAAGUGGGUUCACCAAUUGCCAACUCUCCCCCUGGUAACUGGGCACAGUUUAAUGGCUCUAUUGAACAUAAUUCUAUGCAAACUAUUAGUAAAUCCCCUGGUUAUAGUACCAUGAGCCCAACAACUGGCAACCAUUUGCCUGGAUUGGCUUCAAUUCUGCAUCCUCAACUAUCAAACACUGUUAAGAUUGCUCCUAUUGGCAAGGACCUAGGAAGGGGUAGCCAUGUGGACCACAUGUUUACCAGUACAAGUUCAGCGUAUGAAGCUGCCUUGCAACAGUCGCAUUCAUUUCCAGAACCCAAGUUGGGCCAGUACAAUCAAGCAAUGUCCUCUUUUGGCCCUUCAACUUCAAAUGGAUCUGGCAUGGAAACAUUAUCUGGGCAGCAGUUUCUCUGGGGAAGUCCAAAUCCAUACUCAGAGCACACCAAUUCUUCAGCUUGGCCAAGACCAACUGUGGGACAUCCAUAUACAUCUAAUGGCAAGGGUCAUGCCUUUCCCUACUCUGGCCGGCCUGGCUCUUUGCUUGGCUCAUCCCAUCCACAUAAUCAUCAUCAUGUUGGAUCUGCUCCAUCCGGUGUUCCUCUUGAGAGGCACUUUGGUUUCUUUGCGGAGUCACCAGAAACUUCAUUUAUGAGUCCUGUUGCUUAUGGAGGCAUGGGUUUGGGCGCUAAUGAUGGAAAUUUUAUGGCAAAUAUGGGCGCUCGUGCUGCAAUUAACCCUGGCAUUAGUAUACCAGGGAGUAUAUCUGAAAAUGGUUCAUCAAAUUUCAGGAUGCGGUCCUCGCCCAGGCUUAGCCCUGUGUUUUUAGGUAAUGGUCCAUACCCAGGACUGUCACCGACCAGUAUGGAGGGUUUGACUGAGCGUGGGCGGAACAGAAGGGUCGAGAACCAAGUUGAUAGCAAGAAACAGUUUCAGCUUGACUUGGAUAAGAUUAAAAGUGGGGAAGAUACUCGAACAACUUUAAUGAUAAAAAAUAUCCCAAAUAAAUACACCUCGAAAAUGUUGCUAGCUGCUAUUGAUGAAAACCACAGGGGUACUUACGAUUUCCUCUAUCUGCCGAUUGAUUUCAAGAAUAAAUGCAAUGUGGGCUAUGCAUUUAUCAAUAUGUUGUCUCCUUCUCACAUUAUUCCAUUCUAUGAGGCAUUUAAUGGGAAGAAGUGGGAGAAGUUUAAUAGUGAGAAGGUUGCUUCCUUGGCAUAUGCUCGAAUCCAGGGAAAGGCAGCCCUUGUCACACAUUUCCAGAAUUCAAGCUUGAUGAAUGAAGAUAAGCGCUGCCGCCCGAUCCUCUUUCACUCAGAGGGUUCAGAGGCUGGUGAUCAGAUCAUUCUGGAACAUCUUCCCUCCAACAGUCUGAACAUCCAGGUCCUCAAGCCAAACGAUCUGCACUCGGUUGAGUAUUCAGGAAGCCCAACAAAGGAUGGCUCUGGUGAGAGGCCAGAGAAUUUUUAAGAGUAUCCGAUGCAGAUCGUGCUCAGCCCAAACUGAUCGUGGCUGCGAAUUCUAACUUUUGCGUAUAUAAUCAAGUGUAUCAAUUUUUAGGAAGGAGUGAAUCCCGUAGACGAAAAAGAGAGAACUAAAAGAGGCAUGGAAAUUUUGUACUGUAGUACUUCCCUAAUUUUGCUAGAAAGCAUUGGAAGAAGCUGUAGAAGCACUUUGGUGAUGUGCAAUAGCUUGAUAUAUGAGGAAGGAGCAAAGGUGAAGUACCAGUGAACUGAAUUAUGGUAAAUGUGCCUGAUUUUGCCUCGUUUUUGCUUGUCAUUUGGGGUUGGAUAACUUAUUAAUCUGCUGCAUAUAUGGUGUUUAUAUGGGUAAAAGUAACAGUUUUUUGAGGGUUGGCGAUUUAACAUGGGCCACAAAAUUGUAUAGUGGGGAGAAGAACAGAAUUUUUUUUUUUUUUGGAGUUUCAGUCUUAUGUAUUGGGUAUUCCUGAAAUGGAAAUUCGCAAUGUAUGUUUAACAUGACAUUGUACAGACUGUUGCUGCUAUAAUGCAUGCUUGCUUUUUUUUUU